UUAUCAGCAUGUAUGCUCCUCAAAUAAGCCUUAAUGAGAACUCAAAGAGGGAGUUCUGGGAAGGCUUGGAGGACAUGGUUAGUAGUGUGUCAGUUGGCGAGAAGCUUUUCAUAGGAGGAGAUCUCAAUGGCCAUGUGGGUACAUCUAGCACCAAUUUCGAGGGUGUGCAUGGAGGCUUCAGCUUUGGGACUAGGAAUCAAGGAGAGGAAAUCCUGAACUUUGCCCUAGCCUAUGACAUGUUUAUAGCAAACACUUUCUUUAGGAAGAGGAAAUCCCACCUAGUGACCUUCAGUAGUGGCCAACACACUAGCCAGAUUGAUUUCGUCCUCUUGAGAAAAGAGGACAGGCAUGCCUGCUUAGAUUGCAAGGUUAUACCUGGAGAGUGUGUAGUAACCCAACAUAAGCUUAUUGUAGCUAACUUCCGUUUUAAGAUUCGUUUACAACGGAAUAAGCAUAACAAGGUCACUAGAACAAAGUGGUGGAAGCUUAAAGGGGAUGUGGCCCAAACUUUCAAGGAGAGAGUUAUCGAGGAGGGCCCUUGGGCAGAAGAGGGAGACACAAACAUCAUGUGGAGGAAGAUGGCGACAUGCAUCCGAAAGAUAGCUUCAGAAGAGUUUGGGUUGAGUCAAGGAAACAGAAGGGAAGUUAAAGACACUUGGUGGUGGAACGAAGAUGUCCAAAAGGCUAUCAAGGAGAAGAAAGAUUGCUACAAACGCUUACAUCAUGACAAGUGUGCAGACAACAUAGAGAAGUACAGGAUAGUGAAGAAGUCUGCAAAGCGAGCGGUUAGUAGUGCUCGGGGUCAAGCCUAUGACGACCUUUAUCAACGGUUGGACACUAAGCAGGGAGAAAAGGAUAUCUAUAGGAUGGCCAAGAUUCGUGAAAGGAAGACAAGGGAUGUCAACCAAGUCAAAUGCAUUAAGGAUGAAGCAAACCAACUAUUAGUGAAGAAUGAAGAGAUCAAGAACAGAUGGAAGGAGUACUUCAACAAAUUGUUCAAUGGAGGGAAUGAGAGUUCUACAAUAGAAUUGGACGAACCAUUCGAUGACAACAACAGGGGUUUUGUUCAAAGGAUACAAGAAUGA